CUGUAAUAUGUGAGUAUCUGUCAAAUUGUAAAAUCAUCGUAAAACGAAAACAUUGGUUUUCUCUAUAAAUAACGCAAAAAAUAUAUAUUCUUUUUACUAUCAAAAGUUAAAGAACCAUAAAAAAUGACAGCUAUUGCUGGUGGUCACGGCGAGCCCAAUCCCAAUGCUAGUUGGCUGGGUGCGCGUGGUAUGUGGUUGGCGUACACUUUGGGCGUGUUGGCAGUACAUUUGAUACUAUUGUCAGUUCCAUUCAUAAGCAUUCCAAUGGCAUGGACUAUAACAAACUUGCUGCACAAUGCCGCGCAUUUUUACUUCUUGCACAUUAUUAAGGGAGCUCCAUGGUUAAGCAUUGAAAAUGACUGUGCGCGUCGGCUAACACAUUGGGAGCAAAUCGACGAUGGUGAACAAUUUACCACAACACGUAAAUUCCUUACGGCGGUUCCCAUUAUUUUAUUCCUGCUCACCUGCAUCUAUACAAGGAAUGAUCCCGAUCACUUUAUUGCAAACUUCAUUUCCCUUGUACUAGUAACUUUGCCCAAAUUACCACAGUUCCAUGGAGUGCGUCUCUUCAACAUAAAUAAAUACUGAAUUGUCAAUUAUAAUGCCAUUGGGAGCUUUGAGAUGGUGGAAAA